AUGGUGGUUGGCGGGUCCACACUGUCCUGCUGCUGUGGUGGCUUGCAAUUGUUUGGUGAAUUGCCAAUCGUCCUACAAUCGACGUCUACAUCCUCCACCCGUCGAAAGCAACCUUCCAUUUCACGAUGCGGCAGAAGAUUUGCUCAUACCAGUAACUCAUAUCCGUUGGAGUCUGAACCGGACUUAUCGUGGCCUACGACGCCCACUUUUUCCCCUUACGACAUAUUCAAACUGUCCAAAGCCGAAUGUUAUUCCAAGAGACGAUAUUAUGAUCUUGUCAAACUCUACCACCCCGAUCUGCAGAACAAAGAUCAUCCGUUAUUCAAGAAUGUGCCUGAGUCCAUCAGGCUACAUCGCUACAGACUUAUAGUUGCGGCACACGAGAUUCUUUCUGACCCUGCCAAGCGGGAAGCAUAUGAUCGGAAUGGACAUGGUUGGCACCAUCGUUCUGAGCUCUUCGCUCAAAAGGCGCCCCGGAGAAUGGACGUACGAUAUGAAAGAGGCAUGGGCGGGGAUGACUCAAUAUAUAGAAACGCUACGUGGGAAGAUUGGGAACGGUGGCAUCGAAGACAUGACCGGAACCAAAGCCAAGCCUCCACGGUAUCGCAUGGCACAUUUGCAUCAUUCCUCAUUCUGUUGAUGCUUUUUGGUGGUGUAGGCCAGGCGGUUUCAAUCGGAAAUUAUUCGAGCCAUGUUGCAGAUCGCGCGAGAGAAUCUCAUGAGAAAUGUGCCAAGUUUCUGCACUCCAGAAGGCAGCAGACUAUUGCUCAGGUCGACUCGUUGGAUUCUGGGCUUCAGAGCUUCCUGAUAAGGCGGGAUCCGUAUGGUUACGGAUUGAAAGAGGAAGAGGAGGAAACGUAUCGAAAAGUUCUUAGCCCCAACAACAAGUCUCACGCACUUCAUGCUAUUGAGACGCCGUCGCCACCGCCAGAGAAGCCGCCGGAAAUAGCAAAAGGUUGA